AUGCAGAAGGGCAAGACGUCGAAGACCUCUGCGCUAAGCUUCGAGAGAGCGUGGCUGUGCCGCUACCCGCGCCCAAGAUUUGUUAUCCAUGACCUUGGCCCUGAAUUCACUGGAGACGAGUUCCAGUUACUGCUGAGUACCAUGGCUAUCAAGGACAAGCCAAUUACUUCGAAGAAUCCCCAGGCCAACGCGAUCUGUGAGCGCGUUCAUCUCGAGAUCAUGAAUAUCUUGCGGGCCCGACCGGAUUUGCACGACCAACUCGAAGUCGCUUUUGAUUAUGCAGCGUACGCAAUUCGGGCUAGCUACCAUUCGAUUCUCCGGGCUUCGCCGGCUCAGCUACUCUUCGGUGAGGACAUGAUCACGAGGCAAUUGCAUUUUGCCAAUUGGAGCUAUUUGUCAAAGCAAAGGUUUGCAGCUAUCCUGCAGGACAACGAGCGCGAGAACAUGAAGCGGCUCGAGCAUUUCUACUGCGUGGGAGAUCACGUCAUGCUUCGUAUUCCAGCGCGCGAGCGUAAGAAGACGUACCAGGUUGCAAAAGGACCAUUCAUCGUGAAGGAAGUGUUCAACAAUGGCACUGUCCUCCUGGACACCGGAACGACGGAGUAUCGAGCGAACAUCCGCCGCAUUUUCCCGUGUUGA